UGGACCCUACAGCAUUACCUCAUGGGAUGGAAGUCAUUAUGGGAAAUAUAUCAGCUCUGAAUAUGCGGCUAACCUUUGUUGGUGUUGUUUAUAGGUGUGUCCUCUGCCACCUCUUCUCACACACUGUGCUUAUGCAAAGUAAUCCCACUUUUCUCUUUCCAACUUUUUUGUACAUUAGGAUGAAUUGGAAUUUUCUAGGCCCACCAUGUAUUAAAGGAUAAAGACUAAAUCCCAGGUGGGAGAGGUGGUUUUAUAGGCUUAAUAAAAUCAAGACGACAGGUCCACUGUCAUUUGACUUUAAUGGGUCAAAGAAAACGUACAAAUGAAAAUCAUUUGUAAUCACACUAACUUUUUUAAUUAAUUUAGUAUAAUGAAUUUACUAUUCAUUUCUUGUGACUUUAAAUAAAUGUCAUUGUCAGUUACAGUAAUGUAAAGUAAUAGAAAAUGUCUUUUAAUAGCUUAAUUAUUCUUCUUGAACACUUAUACCAUCAAAAGUGGUGCGAAAAAAAUCAUCUCAUGUCCCAUAGACGCAAGUAAAUAAUAAUUCUCCUUGAGUGUUUUUAAAGACUUUCAAGUCUUUCCCGUUGAUUAGUUACCGGUGUAGAGAUACUCAUUAAAGUGUCUUAAAAUAGCCUGAUAUCUUACCAGGAGCGAAUUAUGAUGAUUUACUUUGUUUGGAUCCCCUGGAAAAGUAAAUUACAAGGAGUCCAUUAUUCUGGGCUACUGACAUUGUUCAUUAUAUCUUGUGUCGUAUGUAUAUGGGCAUCAUUAGUGCAGUGACAAGCAAGUAAUGAAAAUAGUGAGAUUAAGAGUCUAGUUUAUCCUAUAGACAAAAUACCUUACUAUAUGUAAACAGAAUUGGGCCCAUAUCUAAAACCCAUCAGAAUCGGAUUAGUUUGACAACGUCACCAUAAUAUAUGCAUGGGCUGCAAGUUUAAGUCUAUUAUUUAUUUAUUUAAAUUGGUUUUCUAUAAUGAAAUCCAUUGUGUCUUUGCAUCCAAUACUCUUCAUUCGACACAUGAGAGGGGAGGGCCAGAGGAGCAGCAGACCUUUGUGACGUGACAGUCAAUUAUUUACGAGUAAGCGUGGUUUUCUUGCAGGUAUCAUAUUGCAAAACAAUGUUUGUCUACAAAAGACAGCAUUCGGCUUAGAAAGGUCUGGGAUGUUUAUGUUAUUCUGAUUAAGUCAACCAAUACUGUUGUUGCAUUAUGGUAUUUCAAGUUAUAGCUUGCAUAAUACAAUGUGACCUUUUUUAAGGCUAUGCAAAUACUGCUCCUGGUAAAUGCAAAACACUCUAUCAUCUAUUAAAGCCCGGCUAAUCAUAGACACUGUUGUCCUGUGUUCAUGGGAAAGAACUUUGAUCUGUAGCAUGUAUUGUGCAAACAUCAGCAUCCUGUUCAAGCAGACUCAUGACUGUAAUUUGUGUAGUGUAUCAACUUACUCCACCUUUAAGUAAAUUAUUUGUUCUUAUGAUUAUGUUUACAAUAGCAUGAGUAUUUCUGUUCUCAUAGUCUUAUUAACAUACUACCUACACUAACAUAAGCUGACCUAGACACAUACAAACACAUGCAGUCAUCACUCCAUCUAGUGUCAUUUGCAUGUUUUGUUUUUUGUGGUGUUGCUUUCUCUUCCCUGGAACAGUGUUAUCUUAUUAGUGAGAAUGUUAAUAAAAAAGUCACGGAAAUACAAGUUUUUUCAUUGUUAUAUCAUCUUCAAAUUGCUAAUAAACUGUUCCUAGAGCGGUGCUAAACUCUGAAAACAUCAUACUAGUGCUUUAAAGAUUUUAAAGCAGUCACCUGCACCAGGUGGAAUGAUACUUGUCCCCACCCUUAGAGAACACAGGAUGCAAAUCCUCGGAUAUCAGGUUCUGAGUCACCCUGUGUGAAGAGAGAGACACCUGACAGUUCGCUGCUGCUCUCAGCGACUGACUGCAAGCUUUAUUGGCUGGGAAAGCAAUCCAAAUUAAACCCAAUGUCCAGUCGACUACCACGGAUUUCAGUUCAGACAUGUCAGUAGUAGAAUUGUUUGGAGUCCAAAUUGACAUGCAGCUCCUGGGCAAGCUGACUUUGUCUGGUGCUGCCAUACUAUUCGUCUCAUUUGUUUUUGGAUUCUACCACAUCAGGGCACGAAACAAACGUCAAGGACAAAAGGGCACAAAGAAAAUCCAGGAAAGAAACAGCAAAUUCAGUAAUGGGCAAGAACCACAAAGUAAAGCCGCAACAGAGGAGUCUUUAGUAAAGCCUUUAGAGGAAAACCUUGGAUAUGGCAAUGGUGUGGUUGAAUGUGUCCGUGCUACGGACCUGGGCAGCUGUGCAAAGGAUAAUAUAUCCUCAGAAGAGCCUUCAUACGAAAGACUUAAAAAUGCCAAUGGUGCAGUUGAAAAAAGCAUGCCUGGAACUACAGACUUGGACAGUUUUGGAAAGGACAAAGCUAACAUAACGGAGGAUGUAGGUACAGAAGUGGUUCAAGUAAGGAAUAGGGGGAAUCUGAGAUUGACCUUACAACCCCCUGACGAAACUAAGAAAGGUCCAGAAAGUCCAAGCGGUCGACGAUCCCCGUGCCUGUUAAAGAAGCUUGAUGGUGGUGCUGGUGUUGGCAGGGAACUGAGACAAGACCUUGGCCAUGAGGGUAUGUACUCCACUUUUCAGUCAAAGGCAGAAAUCAAAGUAGAAAACGCUGACCUUAUCCUUGACGGGCCGGGUAACAAAUCGGGAGUCUAUAGCAAAAUCUACGAUUACUACAUAGAGUCCUCCUCUCAUUGUGUUGCCGAUUUGAGCCCCAGUCAGUCCAGGUGUAUCAGUCCAGCAUUUGAUCAAUUGGAAAAGAGCCCUUUGUUUAAAUCGAAUUCACUGGACUUUCCAAAAUUCAAAGAACGUUCUCGAACACCAAGUCCACAACCUUCCAGUUUUAUCAUGAGAGAUCUUGGUCUCACUCCACGAUUUUCUAACGAGCCUCUGCCUGUCUUCAAACCAGACCGUGGUAGAUCCAGCAGGCAAGCAGUCAUCCGUCAAGACAGCUAUCUUUCUGCUGCUGACUCUGAGCUACCGAUGCCCUUCCCCACACAAACGCAUCGUAGUCGUUCUCCUGCCCAACUAAACAACACCACUUUAAAGUCACAAGACUCUGAUGAAACAAACACGGAUGAACCCGAGGAACCACAGGUAGAGACUGUGGCUGGGGCAAAAUUCCUACACCUUCCCGAAAACAUGGGGAACGCAGAACUUGAGAGUUUAGCGGGAAAGCUUGAUUUAGGCAACUGCUUGGAGGCUUUAGCACUUGCUAAAAAACAUGGUCAUGCUGCCCUUCAGCAAGCUGCUCUCCGUGUCAUGUCUGACAAUUACCUCCAGGUCCUCAGAGAACCAGCUCUCUUCGGGAGGCUGAAAGCAGGGGAACGUGACGAGAUCCAAACGCAGCGCAUGAAAGGAAGAAAGUGGUUAGUGGUUGCAGAUAUGGACUCUGUAGAUUGGAUACGUCCAACACAGUCUACAGUUUCAGAGUCUGAAUCAGUUAAGACAUCUUGUGGAAUGUAUUACUACGAUGACUAUAAGGACACAUGGCACCCUUAUUGCCAAAUUCCCCAGGAAGUGUUAUCUAAAGGUUGUGCAAUGUGUACCAUGGAUAACUAUCUGUUUGUCGCUGUGGGUUUCCAAGGCCCAGACCGUCCCUCAAAGAAGGUGUACAGUUACAAUCCAAUUACUUCAAUUUGGAGUGAAAUAAGCCCCAUGAACGAGGCAAGGCCUCACUGCAAACUCGUCGCUCUGCAGGGUUAUCUUUAUGCCAUUGGUGGAGAAUGCCUCUCAACGGUUGAACGUUAUGACCCCAGGACCAACAGGUGGACUUUUGUUGCACCACUCCCAAAUGACACUUUCGCCGUAGCUCACCGGGCCACAGCUUGCGAUGGCGAACUGUUUGUUACUGGAGGCAUAUUGAGAUACACUCUCUUGAGAUACAAUCCUAAGACCGACACAUGGCGAGAGACCACGAUUGCAGGCAGUAAAGACAGGACUGCGGAAAUGGUGGCGGUGAGAAACUUCCUGUACCGCUUUGACGUCAGCGCUCUUGGCAUCAAUGUGUAUCGCUACCACGCUGCGGCUCGUAUAUGGUACGAAUGCUCUACGAUACGCCUCUCCAACUGCACUGCCUUUCAGUGUGUGACCAUGGACAAUAUUAUCUACUGCGUGAGCAGACAAUUCACCUUGCGGUUUCUCGCAGACGAGAUAUCUCCAAGCUUUGUGGCACAGGAUUUGAAAGUGCUCUCACCAGUUAAAGGCUAUUUGUUUCCUAUUGUCCUUGUGCUGCCCGACAACACCACUCCACAGACCCGUGUUUAAGCAAGGUCAAGUAUGGAGCAGCUUGGUAAUUACAGUUUUUUUAUUUUUUUAUGUUCAGGACCAUAUUAAGUGCAUGUUUGUGAAAUGUACGGUGUCUUAAUUAGCAGCAAAUGAGAUGAAAUAUCAAGGCUAUUACAUCCAUUUGUCGUACAGCUAGAUCACAAUUACGCAGCACUUACCGAUAAAUAAAUCUACUGUCUCAGUGAAAGCCAUUUGUUUGUUUGGGCCCUCCAUCCAAUCUGAUGUCAACCUUUACAUCUUGGAAACGUUUUGCACAAGUGCUUAAAACGUUUCACUGAACAUACUGCUUUAAAACACUCUUUGGAAAAUGUUUUCCAUUCAAUACUGUAUGUACAAUAAAGCAUGACGCAAAUGCAUAGCAAGCAUCAUAGACAACAUGAAUGGUUGCCAUUGCAACAAUUUAUGUAAGCUAGCUAUUAUUCAUAACAUUUUCUUUGCAUAUUUGAAGUUAUAUUACUUAGCAUAGUACUUACCAUAGACAGAUGGGGUCAGAAAGUGUAAUGUAAAUCUUUUUAUUGUGUCUAUAUAUUUUUCUGCCAUUUUCAUAAAUCAUGUAAUCGUAUCAGAAAAUGGGAUCUUUUUGAUCAAUGGUUUUAUUCAUAAAGCAUCUCUGAUUUCUCUAAAUCAACACUGUGCUUCUUCUAAUGGAUCUUUCCAUAGACUUUUUUACAUCGCAGAAGCACUUUAGGGAACGCAGAGGUAAAUAUAGAGUAAACUAAUGACUUAAUGGGUAAGGAUAGAACUUAAUAUUUCGUCUCUUCAUCUCUGUCUCUAUCUUCUGAAGAAAUGGGAAUAAAAAUCACUUUAUCAAUUAUAACCGAGUCUUGGUUCUUGUGUUAGACUUAAAUAAGUAAAAAGUUAUUACAAAAUGUGCAGUUGCAGCAAGAGGCGUUUGUGUGACCA